AUGGAGGACAUAACUUCUUCAGUCCAAAGAAAAGGAAGUAAAAGUUAUCUCCCUAUCUUAGUAAUUUGUAUAGGUGCUAUAGUGACCACAUCUGUAGCACUCUCACUUCUCCAUAUAAUGUUGGUAAAAUACUGCAAUCAAAGAACACAAGCUGAUCUCUCUACUGAAUCUUCAACAACGAUUGGUCUAGACAAUCGCGUAGUCAAUACCAUUCCAAUUUUAUUUUACUCAUCGAAAACACGUGAUUUGUAUCGAAUCAACCAAGGUGAUCAAUGUGUCAUAUGCCUUGGACAACUUAACAAAGGGGACUUGAUCCGUUGGCUCCCUAAUUGUGGCCAUGUAUUUCAUGUUUCAUGCAUCGAUCAUUGGUUCCAUGACCAUAUUAAUUGUCCCAUUUGCCGUUCUCUAGUACGUUCUACGGCGUCUACUAGUGGCGGCGGUGGUGCUGGUGCUGGUGCUGGAUGUCGGCGUGGCCUUCCUAGGACAAGAUCAGGCGGUAGGCUAUGUCAUACGACGAAAAUGGUGAUUCCGAUUCAAAGAUUAGGGCCAAGAGAUUUGGCUAAGUUUGGUAUAAGGCGAUCAUUAUCUAUGGAUGAAUGUUGUGUCAUGAAUCAUGAUUGA